AUGGAGACAGCAAAUUAUGACAAGACAACCAGGAAUGAAAAUAUUUUGAACUGCUUGUAUCGAAAGCCCAAUGCAGUUUUUAAGCUGAUUUGCUUUCCCUGGGCUGGAGGCGGCUCUGCUCAUUUUGCCAAAUGGGGUCAAACAAUUAAUGACUUACUGGAAGUUCAUGCUGUAAGGCUGGCUGGAAGAGAAACUCGACUUCAUGAACCGUUUGCAAGCGACAUCUACCAGAUAGCUGAUGAAGUUGUAUCUGCUCUGCUCCCCGUCAUCCAGGAUAAAGCAUUUGCAUUUUUUGGCCACAGUUUGGGAUCCUACAUUGCUUUUCUGACCGCACUGCGCCUGAAGGAGAAACACAAAAUGGAGCCACUGCAUUUCUUUGUGUCCAGUGCAUACGCCCCCCAUUCAAAAUCUCGGCCUCAAGUUCCUGAAAUUAACAAACUGUCAGAAGAACAAAUCAAAUACUUCCUUCAGAAUUUUGGAGGCACCCCCAAGCAUCUCAUGGAUGACAAGGACUUUCUCAGUCAGUGCGUCCCGAUUCUGAAGGCAGAUGUUAUCCUUUUGAAAAACUUCGUCUUUGACACACCCUCAGAAGCCCUUCUUUCUCGGGACAUAACAUGUUUUAUUGGAUCCGAAGAUAUGGUAAAGGACAUAGAAGGCUGGAAAGACCUAACCAGUGGGAAGAUUGAUGUCCACACACUGCCAGGUGAUCACUUUUAUCUGUUUCAACCCAACAACGAGAAAUUCAUCAAGAACUAUAUAGCCAAGUGUUUGGAGCUGUCCUCACUUGAUUGCUUUUAGAUGUGCUUUCUUUGGUCUUUCAAACGUGCAAAUGGAUCAUAGGCUGUGAUCAUGGGGUCAUGGAGAUGUAGCUCUUUAGUUUUCAGAGAUUGGAACGAUGAAUAUAAUGAAUGUCUUCACGGAACACUUCUUUAUCUGGGGAAGAGACAAAUGCUAAAAGUCAGGGAGGCAAAGGAGCUAUUGUAGUGGAUAGGUGCAGUGGGAAGAGGGGGGACUGGGGGAUGUCACCACGAGUAUGUUACUCAUGCUCCAGUGAAUGCCACCACACACUUGUGGCGAGUGCAGGCAGCACUAACUGGGCUUGGUGAGCUAUUGAAGAAGAAGAAGAAGAAGAGAAGAGGGUAUGAAAUUGGUGGGGGGUACAUGGUAGAGGGUUGGAAAGGCAAGUGAGGGGUGGAUAUGAUCAAAACACAAUGUAUACAUUUAGGAGAAUUCAAAGGCUAAAUAAAAAUAUUG